AUGAACCCUAGAUCAAAACCCGAUUCGGCGACGGUGUUGUCCUCCUAUCCAGAUUCUGGUGGCCUUGGGUGUGGCUAUGUGAUGAAUAGAUGGGGCUUCGCGGUGGGUUCAGUAUCAAUGGCGCUUAGAGAUGGUGUCGCGGAUGAGAGAUCGAGUCCCAUAGGUCUGGGUUUUGUGUCGUGCUGGUGGAGUGGAGGGUUGUUGCGGGAGACACAGUUCCGGGGGAUGCAGGAGGUGCGGCGGAAAAGAGAGGUGUUCAUAAAAAGGGAAGGGACAAAAGAGAGCUUAGAAAGGGAAGGGACAAAAGAGAGCUUAGAAAGUGACCAGGAAUUUACUUCGAUCAAAAGUUUUCUACAUGUUGGUAUAAAUGUUUUAUGCCUAGCAGACAAAAGUCAAUUCCCUUUCUUAAAUGUUGUUUGUGAAUACUGUCUGUCAUUUGAAGUUGAGAGGAAGCUAGAAGCUUUGUAUGAUAAACUAGAGUAG